AUGUCGAGUCAACCUCUCCUCCAGACUGCCCCAGGCAAGCGCAUCGCCCUGCCCACCAGAGUCGAACCCAAGGUCUUCUUCGCCAACGAGCGGACCUUCCUCUCCUGGCUCAACUUCACCGUCAUCCUGGGCGGCUUGGCCGUCGGUCUCCUGAACUUCGGUGACCGCAUCGGUCGUAUCUCCGCCGGUCUCUUCACCAUCAUCGCCAUGGCGGCCAUGAUCUACGCCCUCUGCACCUUCCACUGGCGCGCAGCCAGCAUCCGCAAACGCGGCCAGAGCGGCAUCGACGACCGCUUCGGUCCGACUGUCUUGGCCCUCGCCUUGUUGGCGGCCGUCGUCGUCAACUUCAUCCUCAGGAUGACGGAGAACUAA